AUGGCAGCCAGGGCCACUCUAUCCCAUGACGAUUACACGGUCGGGUGGAUAUGCGCUUUACCCCUGGAGAUGGCGGCCGCAAAGCUGAUGUUGGACGCAAUACACCCAAGUCUGCCUCGCCCGCCGACGGAUCAAAAUACGUAUAUUCUGGGAAAUAUCGGGGAUCGCAACGUCGUUAUUGCCUGUUUGCCAAGUGGCGCAUAUGGCAUCGUAUCAGCUGUAACGGUCGCGACGCAAUUGCUCUCGAGUUUCCGCUCUAUCCGGUUCGGUCUGAUGGUCGGUAUUGGUGGAGGAGUACUAAACGGCAACGCAGACAUUCGACUUGGCGAUAUCGUGGUGAGCCAGCCAACGGACACAUCUGGAGGCGUGAUCCAAUACGACCUCGGUAAAGUGUUAAGCGGUGGUCAAUUCCAGCGGAUAGGGAUACUUAACCGGCCUCCCAAGGUCCUGCUGACUGCCCUCGCUACACUUCAAGCCCACCACUUCACGGAAGAAAGUCGAAUUCUUGAAUUCAUUUCUGAGGUCCGAGCUAAAAUGACGCCGCGUAUAGCUGCAAAUUUUAUAUAA